UUGAAAAAGAAAGCAAGACAAUACAAAUUUCCUCAUAAAUUCGUGUUGUGCCCUGAUAAAAAGUCUAACUAACAGGAUAUCGUUGCCAAAUAAAAUUACUAUUACUAUUACUAAACAUUUUUAUUGAAAAAAAAUGUUAAAACGUACGUUAUGAAUGUCCCAAACCCAGUGGUGAAAACUAAAAGUGCCAUGGUAACCAUAGCUGAAUAUUCCAAGUGGUGAAAAUUGUGGCCCUGACUUGUGGCUGUCACCCACUAUCGCAAAAAAAAGUCCGCGGACUGUUCCGAAAAGUUGUUUUUCUUUGUCGCUUCUCCGGUGAAUAUUUGUUUUAGACGAUUCUUCCCAUCAAAUGUUAUGGACAAGAACCGAAAUCUCCUAAUCUUAGUGCUUACCCUCGUGUGUGCCACUUCUUUGCGAUGCGAUUUCGUCUGGAAAACUCUCGUCGCUGGGCACAGCUUGUUUUUCCUCCCGAAACAACCCCAGAGAUUAUCCGGCCGGGCAGCUCCUCCCUUUUCUCCGCUCCGCUCCGCCUGCUAGGUUCCACAAGCAGUAGCAUGGCCAACACGAUCGUGACUAGUGUCGACCAGUACAACAAACUCAUCAGCACGCCAGCCCUAACCGUGAUGUUGUUUUCCGCUGACUGGGCGGAACAGUGCAAGCAGAUUCUCGCGGUGAUGACGGAACUGGCCAGGCAGUUUUCCGCGGUUCAGUUCGUGGACGUUCCGGUGGAGGAACUGUCCGAGGUGGCGCUCAAGCAACAGAUCGAUGCCGUUCCGACGGUGAUCUUCUUCCAGGCGGAAAAGGCCAUUGAUCGGAUUGAUGGUGUAGACAUUGCCGCGCUGACGACCAAUUGUCGAAAGCUGGCCGGAGCAGCAACAUCAGUUGGUGGAGGUGCCAAGGAACCGCUGGAGGAUCGGCUACCCUCGGACGAACCAACCUAUGGAUGCUGCGAAUCAAAAGGAUUUCUUAAAGCCACUGCCGAAUUCCGAUUCUUCGUCGUCGUCGUGGGCGAUUCAUCAUCCCUGUCUAGAUUGAUAGUUUGGUACCGCGGAAUUUCUACAAUAUAGGUAAUUCAUAAAAGCUGGAGCAACAUUUGAAAGGGGCGCAAUUCUCUACAAAACCGGCCGAUUUCGACCAUUUUUAUUUUUUGUAUUUUUUGAUUUGGCUCAAACUUUGUGGGGGCCUUCCCUAUGACCAAAGAAGCCAUUUUGCAUCAUUAGUUUGUCCAUAUAAAUUUCCAUACAAAUUUGGCAGCUGUUCAUACAAAAAUGGUACGUAAAUAUUCGAAAAUCUGUAACUUUUGAAGGAAUUUUUUGAUCAAUUUGGUGUCUUCGGCAAAGUUGUAGGUAUUGUUAAGGAGUAUUUAGAAAAAAAUAGGUACACGGAAAAAAAAUUUCCCGAUUUUUUUAUUAACUUUUUUUUCACAAAAACUCAAAUUCCCAAAAUACGUAUUUUUUGAUUUUCGAGAUUUUUUGAUAUGUUUUAGGGGACAAAAAUCCGCAACUUUUGAGCUAUAGAGAAACAUGGUCAAAAAAUCUGCCGCCGAGUUAUGAUUUUUUGAAAAACUGGUGAUUUUUGGAAAAAAUCGAAAUUUCAUACAUAAAAUUUUUUUGACCUCAUUUUUUUAUGCAAAAUUGAAUUUGCAAUCGAAAAGUACUUUACAGAUUUUUUGAUAAAGGGCUCCGUUUUCAAGAUAUAGCCACCGAAAGUUUGAUUUUAGCGAAAUAUUUGCAGUUUUUCGAUUUUUAAAAAUAGUGACCAUGAGUGACCAUUUCUAAAAAUAUUUUUUUUGAAAAGUUCAGAAAAUUUGCUAUAAAAUUGUCUAAGAGACAUUGAAGAUUGGACCUCUGGUUGCUGAGAUACAGCGGCUUAACCCUCUACAACCUAACCCCGCCUUUAGACGGGCUUCGAUCUAAAAAAUCGCCAAAAAUCAAUUUUCCAACCGAUUUUUGAUCUUUAAAAAGCAUUGGAAAGAAGAACUCUUAAAAUUUUAGAAAAUUUCAGGGUUGGAAGUUUAACUUGUUUUAUGUGACUUUGCCAAUGUUUUUAAAAAUGUCAUUUUUUUAGGGGUCAACUUUGGCUGUGUUUUUUACUAACAUUUCCUAUAUUUUCAGUAAAAAGAAGUAUGCAGUAAUUUUUGUAGUGUCCCAGACUAUGCCUCUACGCAUUUUUUUUGCAAUUUAAAUGAUGAUGGUGCGAUUCUAUAGCAGAAAAUGUGAAAAACAUGCAAAAAAUUGAAAAAGUGACUGUAAAAACAUGAAAAAAUUAGAUAGGCGAAAUGUUAUUAUAUUAGGUGGUAGAGUAGGCCAAAUACUACCAAAAACAAACAUAAACUAAACAAGAUAAAUGCAAAUUAAAAAAACUAAAAAUGAAACAAGAAAAACAUAAAACAAGAGAAGUAAAGUUUUUCGUAAAACAAAAGUUGCUCAAAAUGACCUCCUGAACACGGGAAAAAUAAAUAU